UACUCGAACCCUUCCGUAAUGACUAGCCUAAGUGAACAGAUGAAGGCCCUGGAGCCCAAGGAGGACCUGCUAAAGGAGAACCCUCAUCGUUACGUUAUGUUCCCCAUCAAGUAUCUCGCCAUCUGGGAGAUGUACAAGAAACACGAGGCAUCGUUCUGGACGGCCGAGGAAAUCGAUCUGAGUCAGGAUCUCAGAGAUUGGGAGAACUUAUCGGACAACGACCGUCACUUCAUCAGCCACGUCUUGGCCUUUUUCGCUGCUAGUGACGGUAUCGUGCUGGAGAACCUUUCGGCUAAGUUCUCUGGAGAAGUUCAAUGUCCUGAGGCUCGCGCCUUCUAUGGUUUCCAAAUAGCGAUGGAGAACAUCCACUCGGAGACGUAUUCAUUGUUAAUUGACAAUUAUAUCAAAGAUCCAGCGGAGAAAGAUAAGAUCUUUCGCGCCAUCGAGACUGUUCCUAGCGUGAGGAAGAAGGCUGAGUGGGCCCUGUCGUGGAUCAAUGACGACAACUGUUUCUCUGAGAGAUUGAUUGCAUUCGCAUGUGUUGAGGGUAUCCUGUUCUCUGGCUCCUUCUGCGCUAUCUACUGGCUGAAGAAGAGGGGAUUGAUGCCUGGCCUGACCUUUUCCAACGAGCUCAUCUCUCGUGACGAAGGCCUGCAUGCUGACUUUGCUUGCCUACUGUAUAAUAUGAUGCACUAUACGCGUCUCCCGGACGAGCGGGUCCAUGAGAUCGUCAGGGGUGCCGUUGACGUCGAGAGAGUUUUCAUCUCGGAGUCGUUACCGGUGUCUCUGAUCGGUAUGAACAGCCAACUCAUGUGCCGCUAUAUCGAGUUCGUGGCUGAUCGUCUCCUUGUGGCGCUUGGGCAUCCCAAGUUAUACAACGCCACGAAUCCUUUUGAUUGGAUGAAGAUGAUUUCUCUACAAGGCAAGACCAACUUCUUCGAGAAGAGAGUUGGUGAGUACCAGAAAGGAGGGGUUAUGGCUGGUACUGCUGCACAUAAGAACGGUAGCAUGGAUGCUGAGGAGAGAAGAAAGAGCAUCGGCGCUGAUUUCGCCUUGGACGAGGAUUUUUAA